GGUUUAUCUUGCCCCUCUGCGCAGCGCUGCCUCGCUUCCCUCAUCCGCACCACCACCAUGACAGGCCGCCUUCAGCGAAAGUUCUCCAACGUCGCUGGCAAGCUCUCGCGCAAUGCCAGCAAGAUCUCCCUGAAGCCCGCCCCUUCCUCCGUCUCCCUCAGGUCCUCGUCGACCGCCACCACGAACGGCUCCCCAGGCACCCCAUACAAGACCCCCGCACUCGACUCCAUGGAGGAGGCCGACAAUUGCCUGCUCGACGGCGAGCUGCAGACGGUCGACGACAAGCUCGACAACGGCAAGGUGGGCAAGGUCCGAUCGCGCUGGUCGCUCGCCCUCGAGGCGCGCACCUGGCGCAAGCUCAUGGCGAUAGGCAUGUACAUGCACACUUUCGCCCACCCCCGCCCUCCCGGCCCCUCCUUCACCCGCAAGGCCCGCGCGACCGUCUCCACCACCCCGGGCGACAUCCCCCUCGUCUUCUACACCCCGCCCGGCUACCCGCACACGCCGACGCAGGCCGCCGGCUACCCCGUCAUCGUCAACUUCCACGGCGGCGGCUUCACGAUCGGCUCCGCGACCGACGACUGCCGCUGGGCCGCCUCCUGCGCGCAGCUCGUCAACGCCGUCGUCGUCUCCGUCGAUUACCGCCUCGCGCCCGAGUACCCGUUCCCGACGGGCGUCGAGGACGGCGUGGACGCGAUCUUCUACCUCGUCGAGAACGCGAAGGAGCUGACGAUCGACCCCGCGAACAUUGCCGUCUCCGGAUUCAGCGCGGGCGGGAACAUGGCGUUCACGGUGCCGCUGCGCUGGCAGUACGAGCUGCGCGCGCGGCACGGGCACCCCGCGGACGCGGAGUGCGACGUGGCGCUGCCCGAGGACGCGGCCUCGCGCGGCACGUUCGACGCGCACGGCCGCAUCGCAACGAUCUGCGCGUUUUACCCCUCGCUCGACUUCACGAACACGCGCGAGGAGCGGCGCGCCACCAACACCCGGCCGGACAAGUGCCUUCCCAAGUUCUUCACCGAGCUCUUCGACGCGUCCUACCUGCAGCCGUCGCUCCAGAUCGACCGCCGCAAUCCGUACCUCUCGCCCGGCGUCGCGCCCGACGAGAUGCUGCGCGGCCUCCCGCGCGAGAUCCUGAUGUACACGUGCGAGUGGGACGAGCUGCUGUCGGAGGCGAAGCGGUUCCACGACCGGCUGUGUGCAGCCCCGUUGGAGAAGAAUGUGCACUACCGGAUGGUCGAGGGCGCACCGCACGCGUGGGACAAGAGCGUCAACGGCAACGACCCCGAGCGGGAUCGUAUCUACGAAGAGGCUUGCAGCCAGCUGCGCCGCGUGUUCUACGGUAGCGGGGAGCCGCUGCCAGGCGCGCCGCCUUGCACGAAGAAGGCAGAAGCGGCGCAGGCAAGGAAGGAGAGGCAGGAGAAGGAGCGAGCGCAAAAUGACGAAGCGGCACAACCGCAAUGCCCAGUGGAGCAGCAGCCGCAGGGCGAAGCAACGCACGUGCCUCAAAUCGAGGUGACUCAGCCGCCUCAAGACGAGGCAGCGCAGCCCGCGGCCUAAUAGAUCGACGGCGAAUAGAUCUAAUCAUAUUGUUUGUAGGGGUGCUGGCGCUACAGCCUACAGGACGGACCUCAGCAGAUACGAACUACGGUCGUACCCGAGGGUACGAACCAGUCGUACUUCUUCGUACUUUUACUCUUGUCAUCUCCUUCCAUGUACUCUUAUCGCUCCCACUCGUUCGGGAGCCUCCCUUAUUCCUUCGGCGUACUCUGUCUUUUUCAGGGGCUUUGGUGGUCGUUUCCCGCAUCUGGCUGUAUCCGCUAUCCUCUGCACUCCUAACACACGCAUCAUAUCUAUUGUAUCAAUAAAACUUCUUGUAUUCUAUCAUCACUAUCUGG